GUGUUUAUCUUAAUCAAUGGCUACCACCAAUACACCACAUAUAGUUGGUUUUGUUCUCUCUUUGUUUCUUCUGCUCUUAUUGAUGUCCUUUCAAGUUAAAAUCGCCGAGGCCAAACGCAACCUACGUCAAGAACGGCUUCAAGAGUCCCCUCUCCCUCCCACUUCUCCUAUAUAUCUGCCGCCCUCUAAAUCGCGUAGGGGAAGAGGUCCAUAAACCAAAGGGCCUUUUGAUAAGUGACGGAGGAGAAUCUUAUGUAAUCAUCAAGAUUAUCGUUGUUCACUUCAUGACCAUGUUGUACGCUUUACAAUAAAAAAAUAAAAUUGUUUUCUUUGGAGAAUGUGAUUGUUGUGUAGAUAGCGUAUGUAUUGUAUGCUCUCAACCUAUUUCCAAUUAACAGCGCGAAUCAUUCCCCAUCGAUCGGAGCAUCAGGAAAGGUUGUUCAAAUCAA